UAUACAUCAUACGUACAUACAUGCACACGUACAUUUAUGUACGUACGUAAGCCCUUUCCCACACAUCACCACACAAAUCAGGUGUGACAACUAAUAACAGCUAGAAAAGUUCAACGAUGGUGGAAAUUGAUAAAACUUACUUCUUUUUAUAUCAGACUCACUAGCCUGUAAUAAAAAGCAAUGAAUAUGGAUGAUGAAGAAUUAAAUAAACUUGCUGUUGAAGCUCUACUUGAAGAAGCAAAACUUGGUGCACAAAGAGCUGAAAUAAUGGGACCUACUGGAUGGGUAAAGCCUAGAGAGACCGUCAAUAAAAGAUUUCUUCAUUCUACAUUACGUAAUGUUGUUAUUUCAAAUAAGCACAAAACUGGAAAGAAAGACAAAAUAUUGAAAACCCAAAUAUCUAAAGAAGAGAAAAAUACAAAAAAAUAAUAAUUGUGCGCUAUAUUGAUACAUAUUUUAUAGCGUGUUUUUUUGC